AUGGUUGAACGCUUCGAUGUGCAAUCAACUUCCCGCAUCCCCGCUACCCCUGGUGCCGAUCUAGGGCCGAAGCGAGAGGAUGAGGAGGGAGGGGAGUGGCCGGUGAGNCACGCCCACGCCCCGGCGAAGCGGCACUGGGAUGCCAUACAGAAGAUCCUCGGCUACCUGAAAGGGACGAGGGACCUCGGCAUCACCUACCAACGGGAAUCGGGGUUAGGGCUUGCCGUGUACGUAGACGCUAGGUACGCCGACACGGAGGAUAGGCGUUCGGUGUCAGGGUUGACGACGACGGUCGGAGGCGCCGUAGUCAGCCAUGGUAGCAAGACGCAGAGUAUCGUGUCUUUGUCUUCGACGGAGGCCGAGUACAUUGCUGCCGGGGAGGGCGUCAACGAGGCGUUGUUUGUGCGUGCUGUGCUUUCGAAUGCAGUAAGGGCAGUAGCUAGGUAUUGCGCAUCUUCGAAGCUGGUACACUGGAAUGCAGCGAUGGAUGUUUUUUUGGAUGAUGGGGACUUUGCAAGCAAGGCAGCAGACCGUAGGUCGGUAUCAGGGGGGAUCGUCACGUGUGGAGGAGGCGCUGUGUCUUGGUUUUAUAGAACGCAGAAGUGUGUUACGCUUUCGACGACAGAAGCAGAGUACGUCGCGCUUGGUGACGUAGUGACGGAGAUCUUGUUUUUGAGGAAAAUUUGGCGUUUCAUGUUGCCGCCGGUCGGCAUGCCGUGCAUCCCAGUGUUCGAGGACAACCAGGGCGCGAUUCAUCUAGCGCAGAACCCCAUCUCAAACUCGAACUCGAAGCACAUAGGUGUAAGGCACCAUUUUCUCAGGGAACUGACNACAGAAGCAGAGUACGUCGCGCUUGGUGACGUAGUGACGGAGAUCUUGUUUUUGAGGAAAAUUUGGCGUUUCAUGUUGCCGCCGGUCGGCAUGCCGUGCAUCCCAGUGUUCGAGGACAACCAGGGCGCGAUUCAUCUAGCGCAGAACCCCAUCUCAAACUCGAACUCGAAGCACAUAGGUGUAAGGCACCAUUUUCUCAGGGAACUGGUAGAGAGCAAUGAAAUUCGGUGAUCCACGUGCCGUCGCUAUAGUCUACCAGCGUGCAGAUUUUCUUACGAAGAGCUUGCCGAAGGACACUUUCGAGUCUCACCGUGGUUUUGUGAUGAGUUUGGCAUGAAUAUUUGUUGUUUUUCUGAUGGGUUGUGUGUUGAUUUUGCUUUCAUUUUCCGCGCCAAGUAUUCACUACGCGCGAUGCAGCAUUCAUGCAUGUUUCUUUGAACGAAUUUUCUUUCUUAUAUUUUGGUAUAGUAGUCUUGAUGGCAUAUAUUCUUGAAUGGACGUCUUUUGGUUGAGAUAUCGGAUGUUCGCAAAGUUUGCAGUGAGAAACUGUUGCGAGCAGGGGGGAUGUUAGAUAUACUCGCAGCAGGAUCUGGUCGUGAGGAUUCCAAGGGGAUACGUUUUGGGAAUCUCGUGUUUAGUAGGGUACCACCGGUGCAGUCACGGGACCCUUUUGGCGCGGUUGGAACGAUGAGACUUGCGU